GGUCAGACGACGCUGGAACUGACUCGGGAUCAGCUUCGAUGUGUUACCUUGCCUUUACGAGCGUUAAUGUGAUUUAACUGCAGCUGAUUCAGUGACAGAUUCAGAGUUUCACCUUCAACGCGAAUCAUGGCGUCGGCCACGAAAAUCAUCCAGAGACUGAGGAACUUUGUGUCCGGGCAAGAUCUCCAGUCGAAACUACAACUGCGCUACACUGAAAUCUCAAAGAGGACUCAACCACCACCCAAACUUCCUGUUGGACCCAGCCAUAAAUUUGCUAAUAACUACUACUGUCAGAGAGAUGGACGCAGAGAGUCUGUCCCACCAACCGUGAUCAUGUCUUCUCAGAAAGCCCUAACAGCCGGAAGUGAUGCUUCUGGAAAACUGAAAGGUCCGGUUGUGCCUGGACUCAAGCUGAAGGAACUUCCACUGAGUGUUGACUAGAUUUAGUGUUUUAUCUUGUGUGGAGUCAUAAGAUGUUGUUAAUAGAUGAACUGAAUUUAAAACUCUUAAUAAACAAUGUGUGUAUAUAUAUAAAAA